GCUGGCAUUGGAGCAGGCUCGAAGCCUGCAUCCCACAGGGUCCGACAGCCUCAGCCAGUCAAAACUUUUCAACCAAAAGGGUCCAAAAGCAAUGAUCCCUUUGUCUCCUGUCAGGAGAAGAGAGCUAUCGUAGCCUCGGCCACCUGGGCAGCUGCCCGUGCCGAAACAGCCAGCCGCCAGCUGAACGGCACUGCCGGGAUGCCCGAAGAGGUCGCAGGUGACUUUCUCGCUUUGAGCCGUGCAUCGCACGCUGCUGGCUUCUCGGACAGCGCGACGGCAGUCAUGAAACACCAGUGGCAGGACAUGAGCCCACAACAGCGUGCCGUUGCAGCGAAAGUCCUCAAAGCCGUGUCAUCGGCACAGGGCCAGAAGCGACGGCGAAAAGGAUCAUCUUCCGCAGAGCGCGUUGCUUCCGUCGUACGGGCAUUGGAGGACGCAGGCGUCCCGGCGAGCGAAGAGGCCGCCUUCGCUGCUGAGGCCCUCCGCCAGGGCGCGGCCGUCGAAGAAGAUCCCCAGGUCGCGCCUGGCUCAAAGACGAUCUUGGACGAUAUCGUUGACCUGGUGAAGUCUGCGGGCCUGAGCUCUGCGCAGCAAAGUGGUAUCCUUCAGGUGGUCGCAUCAAUGCAGCCCACGGAGAGGCGGGCCAUCGCUCGCAUCUGGGCAGCUGCCGGCAAUCGCAGCAGCACUGCGCCUUUCAUCACCCAUGCCUUGGAUGCAGGCAAGCAGUCCGAGCAGAGGCUGCCUCUUUCGACUCCUGCACCUCCUGACCAAACAAAAGAUGCAGAGAAGGCCCUUGAGCUGUUGAAUGUCGUGGUCUACGCAGCCAUUCAGGCUGGUGCCCCACCGGCGGUCUUGGACAAGGUAAAUGCGCUGGCUCAGAACAUGACCCCCGAAGAGCAGAUGGCCGCUGCAGCAGCCGUCCUGAACUCCACGCAGAAGGCUCCCGAGGACAGAGAUCCGCUGGCUUCAGUUGCUGAUGCCAUCGCCCGGCAUCGGAAGGCCGUAGAGGACGAGGACAGCAAGCAGGACGGCGUCCCUGCACUGAACAACAUGUUCGAGUCGAUUGCCGCUCCCCCGGAGUCUGUCCAAGAAUACGAGGCCACGCACCACGGUGGCACCGGAUUUGUGUUCCUGGUUCGCUUGGCCAGUGACAGACUCUGGGCCUUUGUGCAACAAGCCGUCGGCGAGACCAUCGUAAAUCGGAGCAGCCUCGCCAUCAUCAGCGCAGCUUUCAGUUUUUCCUGGCCGACGUGCGGACAGAGCCACUUCCGCGAUGCACGAGCUCUGCACUUUCCAGACGCCCGCUUCAUGCCGACUCGCGCCUGUGGCGGCCUUGCUGCCCAGAGCCGCGAAACCUCCGGAUUUCGUCUUCCGGCCACCGGAAGCCAGGAACUUUUCUGGCUGUCUGGCGAACUGGGCCAUGGUGAGAACCUGCUGUUGAUCCAGAUCCAGGAGCUGAUUCUGCACGAAUUUCGAGCAGGCGGCCAGAUAAAGGAGUACAGCCUGUGUGGAGGCCAUGCAAGCACGUACAUCGGGUGCCCGUCUGAAGCCCCCGUGGACCUGGUCUACCCAGCACAUGGCAUUGGCGCAGCCUCGACUUUCUGUUCUGAGUCGAGCCAGGAUAAUUUGCAGAAUGCUGGCACGGCAAGCCUGAGACAUGCGCGUGGGUUGAAUGAUUUGUUGCUGCUUCAAGCCAUGGCCAGCAUGCGCGGAGAUGCAGGGCUGGUGUGGGCGCGAGCCUGUGAACUGGCUCUCCAACAGAAGAUCGACGAAGCCACUGCAAUGUGCACAGAGAUGGAAGAGAAGAGCCAGCGUUUAGGCGUCCGAGUCACCCAGGCGGCUGCAGCUGUCUCUAGAGCUGUCGUGGGCCUGUGCCGAAGCCCAGCCGGGCAGGCCUUCAUCCAGUCGCUGCGGAGUUUGGGGGCGACCUGGGGGGAAGCAAGCCUGCUGCUGACGGACGCGAGCAGCAACAACUUGCCUGAUCCCGGAGAUUCCCCCUGGGGCGAAGCAGUGAAAGCUGCAAAGGCUGCCCUGGCCCAAGCGCCGGAUGCGGCCCGGACGACGGCCUUGGCACAUCGCCUUGGGCUGGCUUGGACUCUGACGCUGCAGCCGCGCCGUGCAACAUCUAGGACCAGUUCCGCUCCAUCUGAAGCCGCCACAGCCAGCACUUCUUCACCAGCAAAAGCGCUGGCGUUGCAGGACCUGGGCAGAGCUGAGGAAGCCACCCAGACAGCGAUCGAAGCUGCGAAGAUCUACCGUGAGAAAGGGAACUUGGAAGGUGAGGCAACCGCCUUACUGGUGAAGUCUGCUGCUUUUCUCGGUCGCGACAACAUGGCCGCACUCCAGGCCGCCAGCCAUGCCUUGAAACUCUUCAAGGAGCUUGGCCACAUGGUGGGCCAGACUGCUGCACUGCAUGGCCUGGCCAAGGCCCAGCUGGCCAAGCGCAGCACAGACGAGGCGCUUAGCCGCGCAGCAGAAGCUCUGAG